AAUAAAAGACGGGACAAAAUUCAGACAGAAGGACGACAAGAGACGUCACCUGCUUUGAAUGGACAUGCUCUUUACUUAAAAUACGACGAAGGGGAAACUCUCGCGCGGAUGAAACGUGCCCUUGUACCUGACACGGUACUGCUACUGCCUGAUUUUUAGCUAAUCUUUAGCAGUUCUUUAGCUGUAAAACAACACGUAAGCACGUUUAAAACAUUGUGGGUUUUUUUUUUUUUUAAAUAACAUUAUGUAAGCCUACUUGUAGUCAUAAAUAAAGUUAUCUGAACUAGCCUCCGCCCGGAACCAUUUUGAAGGGCCGUUUGGAAGCUCGUGUUUCACGUCGAGCGGUUAAUAGUGUCGCACACGAAGCGGAAAUCGGAAGAAUAUCAAACCGCUCUCUUAUACAUACAGAGAAUUAAGUAGUGUCAAAGCUGUAUAUAUAGAACCAUGACUUUAUAAUCGAUGUAGGGAGUUAUUUGAGACUUUUUGACAGGCGACGGUUUAGAGGUGAGAGUGCCAAUAAUUAUACUCCACUCUCAUGGAUUCCCUCGAAGACACCUUUGAGGCGCUGUCGAUCUCCAGACGUUUGCAGCCAGAUGAGCCUUCGUACAUCCUGGACUUAGCCCUUUCACCCGUUGACCUCAUCGCCGCGUCCUGCUCCAAUCAUGUUGUUCGUCUGCACGCUAAAGAGACCCUCCGAGUUCUGGGAGAACAUCAGGGCCACACGGGGGCCGUGUUCGGGGUCCGAUUUUCUCCGUCGUCGCCCGAUCUGCUCUUCACCGGCUCUUCCGACGGGACGCUGCGAUGCUGGGACGUGCGUCGGCCCGGGUCCUCCGCGGUCCGCGUGUUCAGGAGCGAUCCGGAUCACUCGUACUGUUCGUUCGACGUGAGCUGUAACGGCACGGUGGUGUGCGCCGGCACCGAGCAGCUGGGCGACGACAGCUUUCUGGUUUUCUGGGAUUCCCGUACGACAGGAGGUGGAGCCAAACAGGAAGGGCUACUGGGGGUGUACUCAGAGUCGCACAGUGAUGACAUCACAGCCGUGCGCUUCCACCCAAAGCAGGCGGACAGGCUGGCGUCGGGUUCCACAGACGGCCUGGUGAACGUGUUCGAUUUGAGUUUGGGAGAAGAAGACGACGCCCUCGUCACCACGUGCAACUGUGACUCCUCCGCUAGCACCCUCUGCUGGUCAGGUAAAUAUCAGGACCAGCUGCUGUGUCUCACUCACGACGAAGGCCUCCAUCUGUGGGAUUUGUCUCGGCUGGACAGCGACGACUCGUUCACGCUCUUCGGUUCGUCCGACGCUCGAACCCUCAUCUCUUUACCCGAUGGAACUUCUCUGGACUACUUUGUAGGCGGAACGUGGCUGGAAGAAGCAGGUCGCCUGGUCGUGGUGGGCGGAUCCCAUAGCGGAGAGCUCCGGCUGCUGGACUGCAGUGGCGGCGAACCGAAGCUGAUGAAGUCACUGAGUGGCGGCCAUUCUUCCACGGUGAGGUGUUUCCAGUGGGACGCGGUGGGUGGGGCCUUGCUGACAGGCGGAGAGGACGGGCAGCUGCUGCAGUGGAAGGCGGGAGCCGAGGAGAUCAGCGUGGGGCAGAAAGACAACUUAAAAAGCGUCUCGUCCAUGCAACUCAAAGCAAAAUCGCACAGGAAGCAGGCGCUGAAAAGAGAGAAAAAGCAUACAUUUUAAUUUUCAUCCUUUCUGUAGAAGAUUAUAGUUUUAAAAUAUUGAACAUGGAUUAUAUUUUAAUAAAACAUCAUAUUUAAAAUGGCUUUUUUUUUCUCUUUAUAAUCUUUCCAGCGGUUUGUGCAACAAAAAAAAAUCAACUAUUUGCAUCAGCUAUCAAAAACCUCACUGUUAUUUAUACUUAUUCUGUUUAACGCUUAGUUUGCUUUGUUUUAUUCAAAUUGUUCAGACGCUCUGUAAUUAAUUCCCGAGGUAACGCAUGCACACGGUGUUAACUGACCCAUCACAGUACUUUUGCAGAAAUGUCUUUACAGUUAUUUCUCCUUUGUUAGAGAGAAACAUCCAAAUCAGAAAAUCUUUAUCCGAUUAAAGUUCAAAUUCAACUUCUCCAGCCGCGCCUUCCAAAACGAAAGGACGUUUGCUGUGUACCGAUGAUGAAAAUACGCUAAAAGCCGGUAACUGUAAACGUAUAAAAAGUAUAUACAUCCAUUGUCCAUACUGCUUAUUUUACACAGGGUCACAGGGCACAAGGUGGGGGGGUUCCCUGGAUGGGGUGCCAACUGAGUCGCAGGGCAAAACUGCCCACAUGUUGACUCACUACAGAGAAUUUGGAAAUGCCAGUCAGCCUACAACGCAGU